AGGGGGUGUGGUGGGGAUGGUUGUGUUGGGGUAAGGGGGUGGAGGUUGUUAUCCUGGUAGCGUAAUCCUUCCGUCGCUCUAGUCUAGACUCUAGUCAGAGGUGGGGAGAGAGAGCGAGAUGGCGGCUGCGUUGUUAUGGCUUCUAGCUGCGGGGACUCUCCUCGUGUCCGCCGGGGCUGACGAGGCGUACGACCUGCUCCAUGAAACAUACAAGAAGGGAGUGGACCUGACGCUGGAGCAGCUUAACUCUCACGUCGGAAUCAACCAUCAUUUUCUCUUCUUCAAGAGCCUGUCGAAGUCCGACAUCCAGCCCGGGUUUGACGUGGCCUACAUCUACCACAACUUCGUCCUGAAGGCGACAAAGUGCUCCAAAGGAACCGUGGACACAAGCAACUGUCCGUUCAGAAACGACAGGCCGUUAAUCGAUUGUGCCGUGUGCUACAAAACCUACAACGGGGUCGUGGAGGCCACACCCAAGCCCUACAUCCACUGCAUCCACAGACCGGCUCUGACCGAGGUCAUGAAGACAGCCAGGAUAAACCACUGUAACGAGAUGGGCUACAGCAGUGGAGCUCCCACUCUACUGGCCUCCAUAGGGGCAUGACAUGUUGGGAGAGUUUCAAGUCUUCACACUAUAGUGACCUUUUUGGAAUUCCUUCCCAUAGCACAUAUUCUUUUGCACUGUGCUCUUUUAUAUUCUGCGGAACAUUUAUCAAAUAUUGUAGUGUAUUCUGUAAAGUAUUGACUCUGUAAAAAUGCUUUUUGGACAUUUCGGACACAAGACUCAAUACUUACAGCAAAUUUAUAUUUGUAAAUGUAUCUUUGAUCGUAAUCUCUUUCUUCGGUGACGUAAGAUGUUUCUGGUAAGGCUUAUAGGAAUGGAAUAAAGGACUAAUAAAACUCC